AUGAGUGGUAAGAGAAAGCGCGCGGCCAAGGACGCCGCUCAGAACCCCAAGAAGCGCAACAAGAACGACUCCAAUACUCCUGCGAAAACCGCCCAGCAGCCGAAGCCGAACUUUGAUAAAUCGCCUUUCGUCGAGACGCCAUUGGGCGACGAGCGCAAACGAGAAGCUGGACUCUACGAGCUUCUGGGAAGCGAGGAUGGGAAUGAACGGAUCCAGGCCGCUGAUUGCAUCGUCUCUGGCCUCCUGGACGGAGAGGGAGUCCCAGAGACUGUCCUGCAACGGCACCUGGACCGUCGCCUGUUCCGUGGACUCGCGAGUGGCAGAAAUGCCUCGCGCCUUGGAUUUAGCCUGGUUCUCACGGAGAUCCUUGGGCAGCUGUAUGGCGAAAAGGCGCUCGCCGAGUCCAAGUACGAGGGACUCUCCUUCGACAAGGUCCUCCAGAUCCUGACCGAAAAGACCCAAGCCAUUGGAAACAUCCCCGGACAGGAGGAGAGAGACCACUUCUUUGGCCAGCUGUUUGGGAUCGAGUCAUUUGUCCGAGCCAACAUCCUCUUCCGCGACAUUUCGAGGUGGAACACGGUGCUUGAUCUGCUACUGAAGCUCGCCAGCAAGAAGGUGUGGCUUCGCUCGCAGUGUGGAUGGGUCAUUGUCCAGUCCAUUGAGCAGAUGAAGCAAAAACACGCCGAGGCGACGCUAGAGAAGGUGUCUGAGGCGAACCUGGGCAAGACCCCUGAAGGUGUCGCCAUCUGGCUUGUCGCCACGAGCAAGUUCCCCGAUCUCAAGGUCAAGCCAUGGAAGAGCAGUCCUCUUUCCAAUAAGUCACUCAGCGACGUUGCUGCUGUUCUGAGAGAGAGUUUCCAAGAUCAGAACAAGGAACAGAAUGAGCGCGGUCAGAAGAACAAGCAGGCUAGCUGGACUGCGCAGCUUCACUUUGUAUGGGAUAUCAUCCUGGCACACUACAUCAAGGCGGGCGAAUCCGAGGUCCACGAAUUCGAACAGUUCUGGACCCGUGUAGUUGAUGACUCACUCUUCUCCAAGGGCGCCACUGAGGGCCAAAAGUUCAAGGGCUUUAUGGUGUUCCAAAAGAUGCUCGAGGGACUCGUUGACCUCCCCUCCCACAUCCAGGUCCUCUUUAGCAAGAACCUCACCUUGUGCAUGAUGAACCAAGCUGCCAAGGAAGACCGAUACCUCCACCGAGCGGCGACAAAGGCUCUCCGGGCCAUCGAGGCAGUAAACGCAGCUCACCCGUCUACGUUGAUACCCCUAUUGAAGAGCUUGCUGGGCCAGAAUGGCGCCUACAACUUUGACCAGCGAACCCGCUCGAAGACGAUCGACAAGAUCCUUCAGAGUGUGACGGAGGAGACUGGGCUUGAGGCGAUUCAGAUCAUCAAGAAGCCUCACGACGGCUUGGCUAAACAGGAGGCUGAUGAAGCUACAUCCACACUUCGUAUCUCUGCCGACUAUCUGUCUAAGAUCCUGACCGCUUCCGCAUCGUCUUCGUCUGGAGAAAUCCAGCAAGGCGUGUUCUCUGCUGCCCUGCAAGAGCUAUCACAGCUGGCAUACUCCCAGCCCAAGAACAUCCCCGCAGAGGUCCUGACAGAGGGCAUUCGCGAGCUUUGCCGUACACGCCUCGAGUCCUCCUUCGCCAAGGUCAGCCGAAGGACAGAGGACUAUGGCACUCUCUGCAAGGCCGUGGCUUCCAUCGACCCUGACUCUGUUGCCAUGUCCGAGGAGAUCAAGACUGCCGUUCAGGAUGCACUCGAGCGAAUGCAGAAGCUGCUGAAGCGCAAGACGAAAGAUAAGGAUGAGAAGAACCUCGCCCAGGGCUUGGCCAUGCUACAUGCCGUGUCUAUUUUCCAACUGUACAACGAAGACCCUGAUGCGAUGGAAGUCCUCAAGGACCUCGACCAGUACUCUGACCGACUCAAGAAGGGCAAGUCCGCUGAGAGCGAGGAGGGAAACUCGGAGCUUUUAGUAGAAAUUCUGCUCUCAAUGGUCGCACGGCCCUCAUCCCUUAUGCGUCAGGUCUCUCAACAAGUCUUUGACGCAUUUACGCCCAAGAUCUCAGCUGCGGGCCUGGAGCUCCUGACCGACCCCCUGGCAUCCGGCGAGAGCACAAAGGGCCAGAAGGAGCUGUUCAACACCGAGGAUGACGAGAUGGAGGUUGAUGGCGAGGAGGAGGGGUCAGAUGAUGAGGGCGAGAACGACUCGGAUAUUGAGAUUGAUUCUGACGUCGAGUUUGUUGAUCUCAAGCAAAACGGAGAUGGAGAAGACAACGAGGAGGACGAGGACGAAGAUGAGGACGAGGAAGAAGGCGACGACGACAAGAAGGACGAGCCCCAGGAUCUGGACGAGUUUCUCGAAAAGAUCCUCAAGAGCCAUCGCCUGGACAAGGACGCCGACGCCGAAUCAUCAGACUCUGACGGCGACAUGUCCGACUCGGAGAUGUUUGCCAUCGACGAGCAGCUCGCAGCGGCUAUCAAGCCACGUAUCGAGAACCGCGGCUCCGACUCCAAGAAGCAGAAGCGCGACGCCAAACAGUCCGUUGUCAACUUCAAGCACCGCAUCCUCGAUCUCCUCGACAUCUACGUCCGCAACGAGUCCCUCAGCCCCCUCGCCCCAGCCCUGCUGCUGCCCCUUCUCGGCCUCAUGCGUACCACUAGCACAAAGGCUCUCGCCACCCGAGCGUGCGAGAUCAUCCUCAACUACCAAAAGGCCCUCAAGAAGGCUCGUGGCAACCGCCAGGAAGUCGAUGAAGCCGCUGAGGAGGAUGACCUGCUGAACCUGCUCCGCCAGGUACAUGAGGCUGCCGGCCAGGACGACGCUCAUGCCUACGCCAAGGCUGCCAGUGCGGCGAGUCUCGUUAUUGCAUCAACUCUUUUCGCUGCCGACAAGAGCAAGAUUGAGGACGUGGCUGCUGUGUACGCUACCUCGCAGUGCAACUGGGUGCUUGGUAAGACCAAGCUUCAGAGCUCAUUCUUUGCUGAUUGGAACAACUGGUGCCAAAACUUGGCCUCGCAGGCCAGCAGUGCUUGA